AUGCUGAAGCUGAGCGUCACUUCGGCUCCCACGGCAGACAUGGCGACAUUGACAGUGGUCCAGCCGCUUACUCUGGACAGAGAUGUUGCAAGAGCAAUUGAACUACUGGAAAAGUUACAAGAAUCUGGAGAAGUGCCUGUGCACAAGCUACAGUCUCUCAAGAAAGUGCUUCAGAGUGAGUUUUGUACAGCAAUCCGAGAGGUGUACCAAUACAUGCAUGAAACGAUCACUGUUAAUGGCUGCCCCGAGUUCCGAGCAAGGGCCACAGCAAAGGCAACAGUUGCAGCUUUUGCAGCCAGUGAAGGUCACUCUCACCCUCGGGUAGUUGAGCUGCCAAAGACUGAUGAAGGCCUGGGUUUUAACGUGAUGGGAGGAAAGGAACAAAAUUCCCCAAUUUAUAUCUCCCGCAUCAUCCCCGGAGGGGUAGCUGAAAGACAUGGAGGCCUGAAGAGAGGAGAUCAGCUGCUCUCAGUGAACGGAGUGAGUGUGGAAGGGGAGCAUCAUGAGAAAGCUGUGGAACUUCUCAAGGCUGCCAAGGACAGUGUGAAGCUGGUGGUCAGAUACACCCCAAAAGUCCUGGAGGAGAUGGAGGCUCGCUUUGAAAAGCUGCGGACAGCUCGACGUCGGCAGCAGCAGCAAUUGCUCAUUCAGCAGCAGCAACAGCAGCAGCAACAACAACCACAACAAAACCACAUGUCAUAG